ACACAGCCGAAGAAAGAAGCAGGAAACUUGUAGAGAAAUUGUUGCCAAUUUCCCCCUUUUUCACGUUUCAAAUUUACGCACAAAAAUGUACACCUCACCAUUACACUAUUCGACCAUGAGGCCGCAACCACCGGGCGGUGGGGUGGGCCAAACACAUGAUCCUAAUGCUGAAGAACUGCGUAAUGCGGAAUGGUAUUGGGGUAAAAUUACACGCGAGCAGGUCAAGAAUAUAUUAAGCGGAAAACCAGACGGCAGCUUUCUUGUUCGUGAUGCUCUUUCCAAGGAAGGUGAAUACACAUUAACCCUAAUCAAGGAUGGCACAGAGAAGCUCAUAAAAAUUUGCCAUUUAAAUGGAAAAUACGGUUUCGUGGAUUGCAAAUUUAAUUCAGUGGUUGAACUGAUCAACUAUUAUAAAGUUAACUCUCUGAAAUUAUAUAAUAAGACAUUAGAUAUCACGCUUAGUAACCCGAUCGUGCGGCCUCUAGAUGAUGAUGAACUUCAGCCUAAUGGGGAUUUGCGGAUAUUGGCUAACCAGUUUUUAGUAUUGCACAAUCGCUUGAAUAAACAUCAACAAAGCUUGGACCAAAAGUUGAAAAUUUUCAAAUCCAUUGAAACUGAAUUGAAUGAAAAGAAAUUGCAUCAAGAAGUUUUCCAGAGAGCCGAGAAAAUGUUUCAAUCACAAAUAAAAUUAAUUGAAACAUUUAUUAACACUCAACCACAGGUUGGUUUAAAUGAUAACAAUGCGGCGAUAAGCAAUUCAAUGCGCCAACAGGAGCAAGAGCAAUUGCAACAGAAUGCUGCUUUAAUAAAGGCACGUCUAACCGAUCUUUGCUUUGAAAUGACAAAAUUAAAUCGUUAUGUUGAGGAAAAGAAAGAGGAAUACAAAUCGCUGGAACGUCAGAUUAACGCAGCCAAACCGGAGUUGCAAUCAAUUAUCGCACGCAAAGAGAUAUUUACAGUACGUCUUAAGGAUUUUGGUAUUAAGGACGAAGAUAUUAAGCAAUUGAUUGAAAUGGGUUUCGAAGCUUGGCAACAGCGUUACGAUAGCGUUGUCAAUCAGCCACAUAAUGAUGAGUCUAUGUGGUUCCUAAAAGACUGUUCACGUAGUAACGCGCAUGAUUUGUUAAAUGGAGCGCCUACUGGCACUUUUUUGAUACGAGCUCGGGAAGCUGGGCACUAUGCUUUGUCAAUUGUUUGCAAGAAUUCGAUUAAUCAUUGUAUGAUCUUUAAAACUGAAAGCGGUUACGGGUUUGCGGCCCCGUACAAUAUUUACCAUACAUUAAAAAAAUUGGUCGAGCAUUAUGCAAGUAAUUCUUUGGAGGAGCAUAAUGACACAUUAACUACAACGCUGCGUAUACCGGUUGUAUAUUGGCAUCAGAAUAAGGACACUAUUAUGCAACAAUUGCAGGAGGAAAUUGAAAUGGAACGACAACAACAACAACAAGUCGAAUUGGAGCAACAAAUGCAAGAGCAUAUGAUGCUGCCGUCGCCAAUUGUCUCCUCAGCACCGAUAGCAGUUACUGGUUCGGCUGCUUCCAUUCAUGGCAACGAUAUGGCCGCCAGUCAAACGCCACCAACGGCAACCCCGCCACAAGCACAUUCCUACGGCAGUAGCAGUGGCGGCAAUGGUAGCAGCAAUCUGUAGUCGUAGCGGCAAACGUGCAAAUGUAAUGGUUUUAUAUGAACGUGCAGCAAAACAAAGGAAGCGAGAUGGUGAGAGUGAGAGCGAAGGAUAGAAAGAGACUAGGAGGCGAACAUAGGUAAGUUAUCGAUUUUGUAUGAAAGGUGCUUGAGAAAGAUUGAGACGUUCUUUAGUGCUAGUAUUGGCUGUUGAACAUUGUUUUUCUCUUUAAUUUAAAAUGAAUUUCCUGAGAAAGAAUAAAAAUUUUUAUUAUGUAAUAAGGAAAUUUAUACAAAAAAAAAAAAGAAAAAAAAACAAAAAAAAAACACUAUUUAUAUAUGCCGAUGAUGAUAAAAAAGUCUUCGAUAUUUUUGUUUGUUUGUAUAAAAGUAGCCUAGAAAUAUGAAAUAUUAUAAUCCAAAUUUAUAUACAUAUUUG